AUGUUUUGGGGUUGUCAAAAAUAUUCAUCCGGUAAUAGGUGUGGAUUCUUCCGUGCACUUGGAGUGCAACCUGCACUUGGAUCUGCACUUGGACCUGCACUUGGACCUGCACUUGGACAUGCACUUGGACCUGCACUUGGAGUGCAACCUGCACUUGGAUCUGCACUUGGACCUGCACUUGGACCUGCACUUGGAGUGCAACCUGCACUUGGAUCUGCACUUGGACCUGCACUUGGACCUGCACUUGGAGUGCAACCUGCACUUGGAUCUGCACUUGGACCUGCACUUGGACCUGCACUUGGAGUGCAACCUGCACUUGGAUCUGCACUUGGACCUGCACUUGGACCUGCACUUGGAGUGCAACCUGCACUUGGAUCUGCACUUGGACCUGCACUUGGACCUGCACUUGGACAUGCACUUGGACCUGCACUUGGAGUGCAACCUGCACUUGGAUCUGCACUUGGACCUGCACUUGGACCUGCACUUGGACAUGCACUUGGACCUGCACUUGGAGUGCAACCUGCACUUGGAUCUGCACUUGGACCUGCACUUGGACCUGCACUUGGACAUGCACUUGGACCUGCACUUGGAGUGCAACCUGCACUUGGAUCUGCACUUGGACCUGCACUUGGACCUGCACUUGGACAUGCACUUGGACCUACACUUGGACAUGUACUUGGACCUGUAUUUACACUUGACUGGCUUCCAACACUUGUUCCAGCAGCAACAUUUGAAGUUGCAGCACUUGUUCCAACAGCAGCAUUUUUCUACAAACAUAUUUUAAAGUCAAAAGUAUAA